AUUUCUCUGUGUGGAUUCCAGUUCUAAAAGUUCGAAGCUUGGAAUUGAAAAAGCACGGACCAGAGAGUUGCAGAAGAACAACAGGGUUGACAGAGUUGAGCAGAGAGAGAAGAUGAAGAAGGCGCAAUUGGGUUUACCAGCGGGGUUCAGGUUCCACCCCACGGACGAGGAGUUGGUGAACCAUUACUUGAUCCGCAAGUGCGCUUCUCACCCCGUCUCCGCCCCCAUCAUUGCCGAGAUCGAUCUCUACAAGUUCGACCCUUGGGACCUUCCAGAAAUGGCUCUCUACGGUGAAAAAGAAUGGUACUUUUUCUCUCCGAGGGACCGCAAGUACCCAAACGGGUCACGGCCGAACCGGGCAGCUGGAAAUGGGUAUUGGAAGGCGACCGGGGCGGAUAAGCCAAUCGGCCGCCCGAAGACGCUUGGCAUAAAAAAGGCGCUAGUGUUUUACGCCGGGAAAGCUCCGAGAGGAGUGAAGACCAAUUGGAUCAUGCACGAGUAUCGCCUUGCCAAUGUCGAUCGAUCUGCCGCCAAGAAGAAGAACAAUUGGAGGCUUGAUGAUUGGGUUCUAUGCCGGAUAUACAACAAGAAGGGCACCAUAGAGAAGCAUUUCCCCUCCACGCAAAAUAAACAGGCAGAGUUCCCAGAAAUGGAGACAAAGCCGCAGAUUGUUAUGCCGGUGGCGCUGAAUCCAUACACACCUCCCCAAUACGGGCAUUCGCCAAUGACUACAGAUCACAUGUACAUAGACUCGUCGGAGUCGAUGCCAAGGCUGCACACGGAUUCUAGCUGCUCGGAGCACGUGUUGUCUCCGGACUUGUCGUGCGAGAAGGAAGUGCAGAGCGAGGCGAAAUGGGACGAUUUGGAGAAGGCCCUCGAUUUCCAGUUCAGUUCAAUGGAUAACUUCUUGGACGACGUGUUCGUGCAAGGACAAUUCCAGUUGGAUCAGUUCUCGCCUCUUCAGGAUAUGUCCAUGUACUUGCGGAAGCCAUUUUGAGCGAGUCCGUGGAGAAAACAGAAGUGGGUUUUCCUUUAUGGCGACUAGAGAGUCAGUCCUAGGAUUUUACUCGGUUUUGCCAGAGGGAGAAGCAAGUUUUCGGGUGCAUCCGGCAGCGCAGUGAAAACAAUUUGGGCGGCCCUUAAUUGGCUGAGCUACGGACACGGUGGAAGGGCCGCGAUCUGGGCGGUCUGUGGUGGUCGGUUUAGAUAGUGUUUAGAAAUUGCAUUCCCUACAGUCAUGUCCUGUAAAUACCUGAUGAGUCUCUAGGAAAUCGUUUGCUGUAAGAUCGUAGCAAAAUUGUUUCAAUACUUUAUAUAGUGAAGGUUAUUU